ACUUUGAUUUAUUUGUUAUGAUUUCUUCCGCCGAUAGCUUCUCAAUAAUCGGGUGAAUACGUUAAUAUCCCGCUUUUCUCCCAUUAAAAAGAAUGCGCCGACACCUACAGUGGAGCAUUAAGCAGUUAACGGGCAGCUAUGCGGAUGGCCAUUUGUCUCCUAGCCGGGUUACGGAGCAGGCCUUGGAGGACGUCGUUCGGUUAAAGAUCUUGAAUGCCUUCGUGCGUGUCACUCCGGAACAAGCAAGGCAACAGGCCCAGGAAUCGCAGGAGCGGUAUCAGCGAAAGCAACCGAAUGGUGUUUUAGAUGGAGUUACCAUUGCAAUCAAGGAUAACUUUUGCACAAAAGAUGUCCAUACCACCUGCGCCUCGAGGAUGCUUCAGGACUUUGUUCCACCCUAUGAUGCUUCUGUUUGUUCAAGGCUCAAACAGGCGGGUGCUGUAAUCUUGGGAAAGACCAAUAUGGAUCAGUUUGCAAUGGGCGCCGGCACUGUUGAUUCCCUGUACGGACCAACCAAAAACAUCUGGAGCGAAGUCCUCGAUCAAGAGCACUGGCGAAUCGCGGGCGGCAGCUCCGGAGGCUCUGCAUCCGCGGUAGCCGCAGGUCUUUGUUAUGCUGCGAUUGGUUCGGACACUGGUGGCUCCACCCGUAAUCCUGCCUCCUAUUGUGGCGUGGUUGGUUUAAAACCGACCUAUGGCCUAGUAUCCCGUCACGGCCUCAUCCCCCUAGUCAAUUCCAUGGACGUUCCCGGCAUUUUCGCCCGCUCUGUCAGCGAUUGUGUGGCGGUAUUGAAUACCGUGGCUGGACCGGAUCGACUGGAUUCUACAACCAUCAGACAGCCUUUCAAUAAGCUGAAACUGCCAGAAAUCGGUCAAAUUGAUUUAAGCACUGUUCGCAUAGGGAUACCAAAGGAAUAUCAUUGCCAUGGACUUUCCGCUGAGGUUUUGGAAACGUGGUCCAAGGUGGCCGAUCUUCUUGAAUGUAGCGGUGCCUCCGUGCGACAGGUCUCUUUACCAAAUACGGCCGCAAGUAUAUUUGUGUAUUCCAUUCUCAAUCAGUGUGAGGUGGCUAGUAACAUGGCUCGGUACGAUGGAAUCGAGUAUGGUCAUCGGGCUACUGACGAGCGCAGCACGGAGCAGUUAUAUGCUCUUUCCCGGGCUGAGGGAUUUAAUGAGGUCGUCAAGACACGCAUUCUUACGGGAAACUUCCUGCUCUUAAGAAAGAACUACGACCACUACUUCGAGAAGGCGUUGAGAGUGCGACGCCUCAUCGCAGAGGACUUUGUUAAAGUGUUUGAAUCUUCAGAAAAAGAGGAGCGCGUGGACAUUCUCCUCACACCAACAACUCUUACAGAGGCUCCUCUGUACAAAGAUUUCGCCUCCCUGACCAACAGGGAUCAGUGCGCAGUGCAGGACUUUUGCACACAGCCAGCCAAUAUGGCUGGAAUUCCUGCCGUGUCCAUACCUAUUCGUCUGUCCCGGGGUGGAUUACCAUUGAGCCUUCAACUGAUGAGUAACAGUCUUAACGAGCAGUUACUGCUCACUGUAGCACGGUGGAUAGAGGAACAUGUGGGAUUCGAUAACUUGGAGCACAGACAAGAGUUUAAGGCCAGUUUGUAAAAUGAAUCUAGUUUUAAUGUGUUAAUAAAUUUUGUUUUUCUAUUUUGUGAGAUAA